UGGGCAGGUCGCAGUCAGUGCCGGGGCAGACACCUACAUCCCCGGAUUGGCCAUCAUGUGCGGAGCCACGACCUCCCUCAUCUUCCUCGGUGUGCAUUUCUUCAUCACCAGGAUCCAGGUGGACGACCCCCUGCAGGUCAUCCCAGUUUACCUGACCAGUGGAGCCUGGGGCCUCCUGUACGCAGGCCUGUUCUCAGACCAGGGCGUUCUGGGUGGCAGAGGACAGCAAGGGAUUCGCAACAAUGGCGUCGCCAUGCUGGUGCUGUUCCUGUGGGCGGUGGCCAUCAUGCACCCCCUGUUCUGCGUCUUUAAGUUCUUCAGGGUGCUGCGGGUGCCUCGCUUCAUGGAGAAGCACGGGAUCGAUAAGUACAGGCAUGAACUGAGACACCCCCACGGCACCAGGAAGUGGCUCAACUAGGACUGACCCUCGGGGCAGAGUGAGAGCAGGCCAGGACAGGCCCCGCAGAAGGAACAGCCCACCUCCCACGCUGUCAGCACACAGUCUCUCCCCUUUGUUUCCACCAGGAGCCAGCCCAGGGCAGUCAGGGCUGGUGCGGUGUCUGUACAUCUCAGAAACCUGGCAGCUGUAUACCCCAGACCAGUGCCGGCUGGUAACGUACUGGCAGGGAGUUUCCAACACCCCCUGCAGACAUAUCUCCAUUUCCCAGAAUGUUCCAAAAACAAACUGAA